UCUGCUUUGCUCCUCCUCCUCUAACUAUUUUAGGUUAUUUAUCCGCCGCCUCCGCCGCGACGGAUCUGUUCUCCUCAUCUUCUUCGUUUCCUUCUUCGUCUUUUUCGUAGAUCCCAUUUGUAGAUCGAACAUGGCGGGGAAAGGCGAGGGACCGGCGAUCGGGAUCGACCUCGGCACCACCUAUUCGUGCGUGGGGGUGUGGCAACACGAUCGCGUGGAGAUCAUCGCCAACGACCAGGGGAAUCGCACCACACCGUCCUAUGUCGCCUUCACCGACAGUGAGCGCCUCAUCGGCGACGCCGCGAAGAACCAGGUCGCCAUGAACCCCACCAACACCGUCUUCGAUGCAAAACGUCUAAUUGGGAGGCGGUUCAGUGACGCCCCUGUCCAAAGCGACAUGAAAUUGUGGCCCUUCAAGGUCAUUGCAGGACCUGGGGACAAGCCCAUGAUUGUGGUGCAGCACAAGGGUGAAGAGAAGCAAUUCGCAGCUGAGGAGAUCUCCUCAAUGGUUCUGAUGAAGAUGCGCGAGAUUGCUGAGGCCUAUCUUGGUUCCACCAUCAAGAACGCCGUUGUCACCGUCCCUGCCUACUUCAACGACUCUCAGCGGCAGGCCACUAAAGAUGCAGGUGUCAUUGCCGGCCUCAAUGUCAUGCGUAUUAUUAAUGAACCCACAGCGGCUGCUAUUGCCUAUGGGCUUGACAAGAAGGCCACCAGUGUUGGAGAGAAGAACGUUCUCAUCUUCGACUUAGGAGGCGGCACCUUUGAUGUCUCCCUCCUUACCAUUGAAGAGGGGAUCUUCGAGGUGAAGGCCACAGCUGGUGACACGCAUCUCGGUGGCGAGGACUUUGACAACCGCAUGGUGAACCACUUUGUUCAAGAGUUCAAGAGGAAACACAAGAAGGACAUCAGUGGAAACCCUAGGUCUCUGAGAAGGCUGAGGACAGCCUGUGAGAGAGCGAAGAGGACUCUCUCCUCGACUGCCCAAACCACAAUCGAGAUUGAUUCUUUGUACGAAGGCAUUGAUUUCUACUCACCCAUUACCCGUGCCAGGUUUGAGGAGCUGAACAUGGACCUGUUCAGGAAGUGUAUGGAGCCCGUGGAGAAGUGCUUGAGAGAUGCCAAGAUGGACAAGAGCUCUGUUCAUGACGUUGUGCUUGUCGGUGGGUCCACCAGAAUCCCACGUGUCCAGCAGCUGCUGCAGGACUUCUUCAAUGGGAAGGAGCUCUGCAAGAGCAUCAACCCCGAUGAGGCUGUUGCUUAUGGUGCUGCGGUCCAAGCCGCGAUUUUAAGCGGCGAGGGCAACGAGAAAGUUCAGGAUCUAUUACUGUUGGACGUCACCCCUCUCUCCCUUGGGUUGGAGACAGCUGGCGGUGUGAUGACCGUUUUGAUCCCGAGAAACACCACAAUUCCCACCAAGAAGGAGCAGGUCUUCUCCACCUACUCCGAUAACCAGCCUGGUGUCCUAAUUCAGGUCUACGAAGGAGAAAGAACGCGGACCAGGGACAACAACCUUUUGGGGAAAUUUGAGCUCUCCGGUAUCCCACCUGCACCGAGAGGUGUGCCGCAGAUCACGGUGUGCUUCGAUAUCGACGCCAAUGGUAUAUUGAACGUCUCGGCAGAAGACAAGACGACCGGGCAGAAGAACAAGAUCACGAUCACUAAUGACAAAGGAAGGCUCAGCAAGGACGAGAUUGAGAAGAUGGUGCAAGAGGCCGAGAAGUACAAGUCGGAGGACGAGGAGCAUAAGAAGAAGGUUGAGGCGAAGAACGCGUUUGAGAACUACGCGUACAACAUGAGGAACACCAUCAAGGACGACAAGAUUGCGUCCAAAUUGGCUGCCACCGAUAAGAAGAAGAUUGAGGAUGCGAUCGAGCAGGCGAUCCAAUGGCUUGACAGCAACCAGCUGGCGGAGGCCGAUGAGUUUGAGGACAAGAUGAAGGAGCUCGAGAGCAUCUGCAACCCAAUUAUUGCCAAGAUGUACCAGGGUGCGGGUGCUGAUAUGGCGGGUGACAUGGAUGAAGACGGUCCUGCGGCUGGUGGGAGCAGCGGUGCUGGCCCCAAGAUUGAAGAAGUUGAUUAAGGAAAUCUCCCGAGUUUAAUCAGCAUCAAUUUUAUUCUUAAAUAACUGCUUGGGUUUGUCAUAGCAGAUCUCGUUGAAUUAUGUUUAGGUUCGGUCAGAAUUUUGUUGGCCUUAUAUACGUUGAGCUCUUUUUCUUUUCCACUUUUCAAUUUAACUGCAGAUUGGAUAUUAUUGGUACUAAGUUGAGAUAUUAUUUAAUAUAAAGAGUAAGUUCUCUCGACA